UAAGCAGUCUUCCAAGCCUCCCCUACCACCUCUCCCCCCUAUACCAGCUCAGAGAUCCACUGGUAGACUCAAUGUCAUUACGGACAGUAACUCGGCAGAUUACACUGAACCUUACUCACCUCCAGCGCAACAGAUCACUCUACCUCGCUACAUGAAUCAUGGACCUAAGAAAAGACAGCUACCUCCUAAUCCAGCUACGAAGGAUUUUUUUGGUUACGUUGCCAAAGACCCCACCAAUGGAAGAGCUUGUCAUGUCUUCCAUUGUCCUGAUAACACGGCUCAGCUAGUGCUCGCGUCAGUCGGUCAAGCAUUUGAGUUGCGUUACAAGAGAUACCUCAGCACUAAUUCAAAGGGCGGGGCUACACCAAUGACAACCACACCCACUUCUCAUGAUCAGUACAUUAAGCAGUCUUCCAAGCCUUCCCUCCCACCUCUCCCCCCUAUACCAGCUCAGAGAUCUACUGGUAGACUCAAUGUCAUUACGGACAGUAACUCGGCUGAUUACACUGAACCUUACUCACCUCCAGCGCAACAGAUCACUCUACCUCGCUACAUGAACCACGGACCUAAGAAAAGACAGUUACCUCCUAAUCCGCCUCCGUUAACUGUAACUAAACAGUCUCCAACUCAAGGACGGUCCUCUCAUAUCUCUUCAUCCCAGCCCCUCCCUCCCCCUCCUCCUAAUGUCCCUCCUCCUGCUCUAUACUCUUCAGUUCCUCCUGUCUCCUCCUCUCACCCUGCCCUCAAUCAGUCAGUUCUUGGGGUAUACAGUGAUGUACCAGGCUUCCCUGAUCCUGGUCAAGAUGAAUACGACUUGGGUACUAAUCCAGACGACAGUGAUGAUGAUGAUCUUAACAUGGGAACUAAACUAACACUAAGAGAGCAGAAACAAACCAGAGCUAGUUACAAUCCUUAUGAUACCAUGCCCAUUGAUGGGACACUCUCCUUCACCUCUCCUCCUCCUCUUAGUCACCCUCCACCCAUCCCACCUCCACCCCCUAUGGAUGAGCCUACAUACGAUGUUGCUGAAGGUAUAGAAGACGCUCACGGUCACGUCACUCAACCUCUUCCUCCCAGUCGAGACCACGCCCCCAACCACACCCCUUCAUCCUUAAACCCUAAACAAAGCAAGCAAUCCAUAUUUGAUGAUUAUGCCGUUUUAGAGCAAGAUUCGGCCGAGCAAGCACCAUCAUCCACGCCCCCUACAACUCGUCCCACCCCUCCAACAACUCGUGCAACACCUCCUACAUCUCGUGCCACGCCUCCUACUUCUCAUGCCACGCCUCCUACUUCUCAUCCCACUCCCACUGCUAGUGUUCCUGAUCCGCCCCCACAAGAAGAAGACUAUCAGUUAAUCACGAUAAGGCAGCAACCUUCGAUCGAUCGCGAUGAGCUCCAGAUUGAUAUAAUACCCGAGCAGCCUAUUUAUAGUAACAAUGACGUCAUCACCGAUGAUCCUAUUUAUGGUAACAAUGCUAUCGAUGAUUGUCCUGAUUAUGAUGACCCCUCAAACCUCUCCCCUCCUCCGAUUAACCCGACACAAUUGGGAGAUUAUGAUGAUCCUGAUAUUAUACUGAACUCUGCAGGUGCUGAUGAUGUAGAUGGUGGUGAGCCUCCUCCUCCUUCUUAUCGUGACAUUGUUCAGAACCCUCCCCCUCCCUCCCUUCCCCUCUCCGAUCAGUUUGAAAACAACAUUUAUGCAACACCACUCGAUGAUUCUCCUCCUCCUCUACCUGACGUUGAUCCUUUUGCUCCCCUCAGUCUCCAGUUAUACUUCCAUGGCUGCAUAUCCCGUAAUGAUGCUGAGAUGUACGUACAAGAUGAUGGGGAUUUCCUUGUUCGUGAGAGUAUGAACAAACCAGGACAGUUUGUACUGACUGGUAAAGCCAACAGGAGAGCACAACACUUACUGCUAAUAGAUAAGAAUGGACGGGUUAAAUCAAAGGACAAAGAGUUUGAGAGUGUCCCUCAUCUUGUCAAGUUUUUCCACGAUAGAGUCUCACCUCUGACCAUUGGGAACUGUGAAGUGUUUCUUAAAAGACCAAUUGAACACAAAUAAUGAUAAUAAUAAUGAAUUAUUAUUUUAAAAAUAAUAAUUACUGUAGUUAAUUU